UUGCGUAGCGUCAUCUAUUGUCGAAUUUUCUAUCACAACAACAGUGAAUAUUUAGUGGCGUUUUUGUAAUUAUUGAUAAAUAUUAACCCCCCAUUCGUUAUUUUAGCUACUAGUGAUACUUUAUAGUAAGACUAAAAUUGUUCCUUGUUAAUAAUUGCUCCCAGGAGUCGCAAAAUACCCCCCGGUGUUUUAUAGGUUAGGUUCCAAAAAUGAACCCAGAACAACUGCAAAUCCACGAUGCGCCCCCAGAAGUCAUGUUCGCAGUCUCAGAUAACGUUCCAGGAAACGAGAAGCAACUUCCGUCUCUACUGUCUCUAAAAGUGGACCCACCGGAACAAAUAGUCGAAACGCCGACUGAAGUUAUUCUCCCACAAGUGUUGGAAGAGGUGUUGGCGCUGAAAAAUCAACGCGCUUUGGAACUGGAGGUCGAGGAAACAGACCCAUUGCAAGCACAAACAAGAGAAGUUUUGUGGGAGAAAGAUGACAACGUUGAAGCGCCUGCAGAGAACGACGAGGACGGUCAGAAUAAAGAGAACGCCAAAAUAAGCAAGAAUAAGAAAAAGAAGAAAAGAAAGAAGAAUAAAAAGAAUAGGGAGAAUGAAGAGAAGAACGGAAGCAAGGAUGAGCAGGGGGAUGAUCCAAAUGUGGAGGUUGAAUAUGUGCAAGAAACAAUCGGUCUGCAUGAAUUGGCACCUCAGUACAGACAGUACUACAGCAUUUUCGAGUCCUUCAAAAUAUCUGACCAAAAACAGGAUAUUCCACCUCCGGUUCUGGCGACACCUACAUCUCUAGCAAGCAAAAAUAUUCUAAACAAUUUGGGUGAUCAUUUUCAGGAAGAAAUGGAAGAUCCUGAAGAUAAAAAAAUCGACGAUAAAUCAAAAAUGUCCAAAAGAAAGCUAAAAAAAUUGACACGCUUAAGUGUCGCUGAAUUAAAACAACUUGUAAGUCGGCCGGAUGUAGUUGAAAUGCAUGACGUCACCGCCAGAGAUCCUAAAUUAUUGGUACAACUCAAAGCUCACAGGAACACAGUUCAGGUUCCACGGCAUUGGUGUUUCAAAAGAAAGUACCUUCAAGGUAAACGCGGUAUCGAAAAACCACCCUUCAACCUCCCAGAUUUCAUCAAGAGGACGGGGAUCAUGGAAAUGCGUGCGUCUCUACAAGACAAAGACGAGUCAAAGACUUUAAAGGCGAAAAUGAGGGAAAAAACCCGACCUAAACUCGGCAAAAUUGACAUUGAUUAUCAGAAAUUGCACGACGCUUUCUUCAAAUGGCAGACAAAACCGAAAAUGACCAUUCACGGCGACCUUUACUACGAAGGCAAGGAGUUUGAGACCAGACUUAAAGAAAAAAAGCCGGGUGAUUUGUCCGAGGAGCUGCGGACCGCGUUGGGAAUGCCGGUGGGCCCCAACGCCAACAAAGUGCCGCCGCCGUGGCUCAUCGCCAUGCAACGUUACGGACCGCCCCCGAGCUACCCCAACUUGAAAAUUCCCGGUUUGAACGCCCCCAUUCCCGAGGGGUGCGCCUUCGGUUACCAUGCCGGGGGUUGGGGCAAACCGCCAGUCGACGAAAACGGCAAACCUUUAUACGGAGAUGUGUUUGGCACGAACGUUACGAAUAUUGACGAUAUUGGUGAAGACCCGUCAGUCGAUCGUACCUUAUGGGGCGAGUUGGAGUCGGAAUCGGAGGAAGAAAGUGAAGAGGAGGAGGAAGAAGACGAGGAUAAACAGAACGCGGCUGAUGACUCUGGAUUGGUGACACCGGCGGAAGGUUUGGUCACGCCCAGUGGUCUGACGAGCGUUCCAGCGGGCAUGGAAACACCGGAAGCGAUUGAGUUGAGGAAGAAGAAGAUAGAAAGCGAAAUGGAACAGGGAGAGGGACCUACGUUGUACCACAUCAUACCCGAAAAACGUAACGAGCGUAUUGGUAACACGAUGAUGGGGAGUAGUCACGUUUAUGAUAUGUCUGCCGUGGGGGCGGUCCCCGCUACCGCACGCAAAGCCGGCGAUAGAGAAGGCAUGGUGGAAUUGGCUCUAGACCCAUCUGAACUGGAUAUGGACAGUGAUGCUAUGGCAGUUCGUUAUGAACAGCAGAUGAGGGAAAAUCAGUCACAACUGCAGAAGGAAGAUCUCAGUGACAUGUUGGCUGAGCACGUCGCGAAGCAGAAGAACAAGCGCAAGCGCCAACAGCAGGACACUAAACAAACUAAAAAAUACAAAGAGUUCAAAUUUUAAGAAGUGUAAUUUUGUGGGCGUUCUCUACCUGUAAGUAAAUAAUAAAUAUAUAAUAGCUUGUAUGAUAUAUAAAAUAAAACGUACCGGGUGCACUCCCAUAGUACAUGGAAAAAUU